AAAGUAACAAAUUCUUGACGGAUACGUUUUGUGUUAGAUUAUAUUUAGUGUAAGCAAAAUCACUUUGUAGUGUUAGAAAAAAAAUGGUCAAAAAAGGCACUUAUCAUGUUCAAGAUCCUGAAGGAGGACAACCCGCCGUGGAAGACACCAGUUACAAAUCAUUUUUGUGUGUCUUACUUAUAUUUAUAUCAUUUUGUGCCUUAAUUAUCGUCUUUUCAUCUUUUGAUUGGUUCAAAACUAAAGAGAAGCAGCCAUUAGAUUUGAAUGGCGAUGUGGAAAUGGUCGAUAAAGGAAAAUUAAUGCAAGGUAAAGAAUUAGAAGCAAAUAGAACUAAAGAAAGUGAUAAAGAAGCUGAGAAAGUUGAUCAAAGUUCUGGUGAAUCAACAACGAAACCAACUAAGAAGGAAUAUGCGGAGGAAUCGAAUGAAAUUGAAGGGUUUAAUCCGGAAGUUAAAACUUCAUCUACAACAACUUUGUCUCCAACAAGUACAACUACGACAACUUUGAAACCAUCAACAAGUACUACAACUACUUCAACUUCAACCACAUCAUCAUUGAUUCCACAAACGACUCCAUCAAAUACAAGUACGUUAAGUACAACUAUGUCAAGUACAACUACAUCAAAUACAACUCAAUCUAAUUUGAGUCCUUCCUCAACAACAUCAAGCACAACUACAUCAUCCUUAAUUCCUCCAACAACAACGUCAAGUACAACGACAUCAAGUUUGAGUCCACAAACAACAACUUCAAGUACAAGUACAUCGAGUUUAAGCCCAACUACAACAACUUUGAGUUCAUCAUCAACAUCAAGCACAACUACAUCAUCCUUGAUUCCUCAAACAACUACGUCGAGCACAACGACAUCAAGUUUGAGUCCACAAACAACUACAUCAAGUACAACGUCAUCAUCUUUGAGUCCAACAACUACAUCAAGUACAACUACAUCAACUUUGACUCCAACAACUACAUCAAGUACAACUACAUCAACUUUGACUCCAACAACUACAUCAAGUACAACUACAUCAACUUUGAGUUCAACAACUACAUCAACUUUGAGUCCAACAACUACAUCAAGUACAACUACAUCAACUUUGAGUCCACCAACUACAUCAAGUACAACUACAUCAAGUUUGAGUCCACCAACUACAUCAAGUACAACUACAACAACUUUGAGUGCAUCAACAGCAUCAAGUACAACUACAUCAACAUUGAGUCCAACAACUACAUCAAGUACAACUACAUCAAGUUUGAGUCCACCAACUACAUCAAGUACAACUGCAACAAGUUUGAGUGCAUCAACAGCAUCAAGUACAACUACAUCAACAUUGAGUCCAACUACAACAACAUUGAGUUCAUCAACAACAUCAAGUACAUCAUCAACUUCACCAACUUCAACGUCAACAAUAAGUUCAACAUCUGAUGAUUACCACACUGAUGUUGACUCAACGGUAACAUUAAUAAAUAAAAUGUCGAGAAGUGCGGUAGGAAUAAUAGUAACCGAUAUAACAAAUGAAACAAAAACGACGACCAUGUUAUCUACAACGAAAAAUAACGAUGAUGAUUUUGAUUCGCCCCAAGAAACGAGUGGUGAAGAUUAUGUUGAUUCAUCAUCAAAAUCUGCUUCGUUCACUACUUCUUCAACAUCAUCUACUACUUCUGCAACUACACCUUCAACACCAUCCACUUCGUCAACAUCAUCUACUUCUUCAACAACUACUUCUUCAACUUCAGGUACUUCAACGACAACAACAUCGGCAGUAAAAUCAGCAAUGACUACAAAAUCAAGCGCACCUCAACAAAAAGCUUCGGCACGAUUAAAAAAUAAAUUUAAAAUUUCCGUUUCGGAUAUGUUGGCUACGAUGGAUCAUACGAUCGAUAAAUGUGAGGACUUUUAUUCGUACUCUUGUGGACGGGCAUCGAAAAAAUCUUCGGAGUCAUUUAGAAGGCAAAAAACGUUCAGAAAAAUUUUGAACGAGGAAAUUCUAAAUACCUCCAAAAGUGUGUUUGUCGAGAAAAUGACUCAAUUUUACGAUACAUGUAUAACACAUGAAUCGGUAUUUGAUUACAACGAAAGAUUAACUGAAGUUCGAGAAAUUGUUGAAAAAUUAAUUAACGAUGAUCCUGAAAAACACGAUUUCACCGUUUUAGUAUCCAAAAUGAUUUUAACAAAUACUUUACCAAUUAUGGACGUUGAUAUUGAUGUUGAUCAAAAUACAAAACAAUAUGUUUUUAAGUUGAGUCCGCCUUACAAAACUUUGACCCGAAAUCCUUUAGAAACCAGCUCGGCUUUGUAUAACAUUGACAGUAAUUGUGCGAAGAACCUGCAAAGGGAACAACGUUUCGAAUCUCAUCAUUUGAAUUUGGACCAAAUUUACGAGGAUUUCGCAAACUGCGUGAAACAUUUUGACCACUACAUAACAUCUUUUAACGUUACCAGGAGAUCGAUUGAGUAUUUCAAUAACAUGUACAAUUUAGAGUUUAACAUUGAGAACGAAAUUUUAGAUUAUAUUAAACUGGUCAGUACAAGUUCAUUGCGAAAUUCUUUUAUCUCGGAAAAAUUCGAAGAACAAACUGUGGACGAUUUAAACAAAAAAUUUUAUAGUAUCGAUUGGAAAUUAUUAUUUAAAAUUAUUUCGGGGAAAAAAUUGGAUGAUUCAAGCGUGGUGAUGGUCUAUCAAAAAGAUGUUUUAUAUAACAUUUUUAAUGAAUUAAACAAACUUCAAAUUAAGGGAAGUUACAUAAAUUUCCUCGCAGUUUAUACCAACGAUCUUUUCCACGCAACAGUUAUACCAAAAUCAACUGAUUCAAUAGACGAUUAUUGCUUAGAUUUGACAAAUUAUCUAUUCUCAGACGUUUCUUCUUAUUUAUACAUGAAGCAUUUACCACAAGAUAAAAUUACGAAAGCCCAACAACUUUCAGAGGAAAUAUUUAAGAAAUUAAAAUCAAGCUUUUUGCAAAGUGUCGAAGUCACAGAAGGAAUCGACGAUGAAGAAGAUAAAGACUUAAUCGAAGAAAAAAUCAAGGAAUUAUCAUUACAUUUUAUGUCGAAUUCCGAUGAAUGCAUUUCGGGCUUAUUCUUGCAAACGAAAUACGACUCGAUCAAUUUAGGAUCAAGCUACGUUUCCCAAUUAGUGGAAAUGAGGAAAUAUAAAAACUUACAAAAAUAUUCGUCAGUUGGUGAAAGUUUUAAAGACACCGACACAUUCUGCCAUUUCAUUCAACCCCAUGAUUACAAACCAAAAUCGUUUUAUUUCACAUCAAAAAUUUCAAUCCCCUACGAAUUUUUAACAUCUUACAACAUGGAUUAUUACCCCGGAUAUUUCUUAAUGGCGAAGAUCGGUACUCAAAUUGCGAUUGAAAUGGGAAAACAUUUCAAUGAAAUCGGUAUCAAAACUAUCGGUUUGAACGAUCCGGGUAUUUUAGAGGUUCUUCAUACCGAGCAAGACAAAAAAUUUAUGGUGAUUAAAGAACAAAACAUUACCAUAACCCCCCCGGAAAUAAAAUAUAUCCAAACAGACGCCGAUAACACAGGAUUUCGUCUCGCGCUUAAAUGUUUUAAUCAACUCCAAACGAAUAACACCGUUUUACCUUGGAUCAAUGAAGAUUUUACUGACGAACAAGUAUUUCUUAUUGCCGCAGCUCAAGAAUUUUGCGAAGAAAGAAUCAUAUCGAAUGAAAAUCAUUUCGAUUUUAUGCUAAAAAUGUUCGAGGCGAAAAAUAAUUUACCCAAUUUAUGGAGAGUGAAUAAAAUGAUUAUUAACACGAGAGAAUUUCAAAGUAUUUUUAAGUGUAGUAUUGGAUCUGCGAUGGCAACGAACGACGCCGUUCGUAAAUCAUUCCCUUUUUAUGAAGACGAUGAUGAUUGAUACCAAAUUUAGUAAUGACAAGUAUUUUUAAUGUAAUUCUUUUUCAAUAAAAAUUUUGUUUUGUA